AUGACGGCGGCGGCCAAAACCCGGGAGCGCGCCAAGCGGCUCAAGGACGCCCCCCUCGCCCAAUCGCCGCAGCAGAUCCGUAAGAAUAAACGGCUCUUCCAGCCAAUCACCUCCUCCGAUUUGGUCACAUUCCACCUUCCCCGAUUUUCCUCAUCCUCCGCUCUAGGUCUGAAGGGACUUCCCUCAGCGGGUGUGGAAACGGCGAGCCGAUUGGACCGCCCAGAUGCCUAUCGCUACUCGCCAAUCGGCAUCGGGCGGCGCGUCUUCUCGGGAGGGUCUUCUCCCGACGUCAGCGCGAUCCCCCCAAUUCGACGGCGGCAUCCGACGAGAAGGGUUGUGCGCUCCAAGCUCUCUCUCUCGCUCUCCGACCGACCUGCCAGGCAGCCGCCAGCGAUGGCCUUCUCCAAGAUGUGGGCCACUCCGAAGAGGAGGCGCGCCGAGCCCGAGGAGCAGCACGUGUUCCGGCCCGAGUGGACCCAGCGCUACUUGGUGGUGGAGCGGGACGAUGGUGAGGGUGCCGAGUGCCUGGUAUGCCGCCGGCCCAUCGUGGCCACGCGUGAGCGCGAUGUGAGGCGCCACUACGAAGCGGAGCACGAGCACUACGAGGCGUAUGCGGCGGGCGGCGAGCGCGCGGCGCUGGUGGAGAGACUGCGGCGCGGGGACGCGCUGGCGGCUGCCGCGCUGUCCCGGGAGGAGCGGGCGGUGCGCGCCAGCCUCGGGGUCGCGCACCUGCUGGCCCUCCACGGGCGCCCGUGGGGCGCGGGGGGUCUGGUGCGCCGCUGCCUGGAAGCCGUGCUCCGGGAGGCGCUGCCCGAGCACUGCCGCCUGCUCGAUGAGGUAGACCUGUCCCCCGAGAGUCUGGCGCAGAAGACCCUCGGCCUGGCCCGCAACCUGCACGCGCAGCUGGUGACGCGCGGCCCCGCCUUCCAGGCCUUCUCCCUGGCCCUCGAUGACCAGGCCUUCGUGGGCACCGAUGGCCGCCUGCUGGUCUUCGUGCGCGGGGUGGACCAGGAUUACGAGAUCGACGAGGAGCUGCUGACCGUGGUGAACCUGGCGGUGCAGCCGGCCGUGGGGCAGGUCCUGCGCGCCAUCGCCGAGUCCAUGGCGCGGGCCGGUCUGACAUGGGACCGGCUGGUGGGCGUGGCGUCCACGGGCACGGCGUGGCUCACUGCGGAGGACUGCGGCUUGGUGCAGUUGCUGCAGGACCGCGCGGCCGAGGCGCGCGGGGGCGUGGGCGGGAGCUCGCCGCUGCCGCACUGCGCAGGCUUGCUGCACCUGGAGCUGAUGGGCUCGCGCGAGCUGGACGUGGGCGGGGUCGUGGACGCCGUGGCCGGCUGGCUGGCGCUGCUGCGCACCCGGGGCGCGCGCUCGAUCGGGCUGAAGAUGCUGCUGGAGGAGGCGGAGCUGCACCACGGCGGGGAGGUCAGCCUGCUGAUCCUGGGGAGCUGGCUGCGCCGCGGCAAGGCGCUCAAGCGCGUCUUCUCCCUCCGCCGCGAGCUCGAGUGCUUCCUGGCCGAGGCGGGCGUGCCCCCCAACGCGGCGCUGCGGGACCCGCUGCAGGACCCGGACUGGCUGUGCGACAUGAGCUUCCUGGUGGACAUGCAGGGGCACCUGGCCGAGCUGGCGUCCGAGCUGCGCGUGCCCGGCACCUUCGCCUUCACCGUCAUGGACCACAUCUGCGCCUUCGGAGACAAGCUGCAGCUGCUGCGCGCGCACCUCAGCGCCGGCGACCUCUCGCUCUUCCCGGCCAGCCGCGAGCUCUGCGCCGAGCUGGACCAGCAGGGCCAGUCCGGGCGCGAGCUGCUGGCCUCGCACCGCUACCAGGAGGCGCUGGCCCGGCUGCACGCCCGGCUGCAGAAGCAGUUCGAGGACCUGUGCGCCGUCAAGCGCGACCUCGACAUGUUCGCCGACCCGUUCAGCUUCCCGGUGGAGAACGCGCCGGCGCACAUCCAGGAGGAGCUGAUCCGCAUGAAGUCCAGCUCCACGCUGCUGUGCGAGUACCGCGAGGAGAACCUGGGCUCCUUCUACGCGGGGCUGCCGCCGGGCUGCUACACGGAGCUGCAGGCGGUCACCUUCCGCGCCGCCUCGCUCUUCGACAGCAGCGCCAUCUCCGACAAGGCGUACGCCUACUUCCUGAAGCACCAGGGGCGCCUCUGCCAGCUCGGCACCGAGGAGCACCUGCACGCUCUGGUGCGCAUCGCCACCAGCAACUUCGAGCCGCGCCUGGACGACCUGGUGCGCGCCCGCAGCCGCUCCCUGGCCUGA